AUGCUCAAAGUCACGGUGCCCUCCUCCUCCGCCUCGUCCUGCGCUUCGGUCACCGCCAGUGCGGCCGCGGGGGCCGGGAGCCUCGUCCCGGAUUACUGGAUCGACGGCUCCAACAGGGACGCUCUGAGCAAUUUCUUCGAGGUGGAGUCGGAGCUGGGACGGGGUGCUACGUCCAUUGUGUACAGAUGCAAACAGAAGGGGACGCAGAAGCCUUAUGCUCUCAAAGUGUUAAAGAAAACAGUGGACAAAAAAAUCGUAAGAACUGAGAUAGGAGUUCUUCUUCGCCUCUCACAUCCCAACAUUAUAAAACUUAAAGAAAUAUUUGAAACUCCCACUGAAAUCAGUCUGGUCCUAGAACUCGUCACAGGAGGAGAACUGUUUGAUAGGAUUGUGGAAAAGGGAUAUUAUAGUGAGCGAGAUGCUGCAGAUGCUGUUAAACAGAUCCUGGAGGCAGUUGCUUACCUACAUGAAAAUGGGAUUGUCCAUCGUGAUCUCAAACCAGAGAAUCUUCUCUAUGCAACUCCAGCCCCAGAUGCACCACUCAAAAUCGCUGAUUUUGGACUCUCUAAAAUUGUGGAACAUCAAGUGCUCAUGAAGACAGUAUGUGGAACCCCAGGGUACUGCGCACCUGAAAUUCUUAGAGGCUGUGCCUACGGACCCGAGGUGGACAUGUGGUCUGUAGGAAUAAUCACCUACAUCUUACUUUGUGGAUUUGAACCAUUCUAUGAUGAAAGAGGUGAUCAGUUCAUGUUCAGGAGAAUUCUGAACUGUGAAUAUUACUUUAUCUCCCCCUGGUGGGAUGAAGUAUCUCUAAAUGCCAAGGACUUGGUGAGAAAAUUAAUUGUUUUGGAUCCUAAGAAACGGCUGACUACCUUUCAAGCACUCCAGCACCCAUGGGUCACAGGUAAAGCAGCCAAUUUCAUACACAUGGAUACUGCUCAAAAGAAACUCCAAGAAUUUAAUGCCCGGCGCAAGCUUAAGGCAGCAGUGAAGGCUGUGGUGGCCUCCUCCAGGCUGGGAAGUGCCAGCAGCAGCCACGGCAGCAUCCAGGAGAGCCACAAGGCUAGCCGAGACCCAUCUCCAGCCCAAGAUGGCAACGAGGACAUCAAAGCUAUUCCAGAGGGAGAGAAAAUUCCAGAAGACAGGGCCCAAGCGACAGUUGAGGGAGCCGAGGCUGAGCUGAUGAAGGUCCAAGCCUCAGAUGAAGUUAAAGAUGCAGAUAUAAAUACUGAAGAGGCCCCCAAUAUGGUGCCCGAGGCAUUGGAGGAUGGGAUAAAGGUGGCUGGCCCGGAAAUGGAGGAGGGCCUAGCAGAGGAGAAGCUCAAUACUGUGGAGGAAGAAGCAGCCCCCAAAGAAGGGCAGGAAAACCCUACUGUGGGACUUGGAGUUCCACAGCAAGAUGUGAUCCUGCCAGAGUACUGA